AUGCUUUCAAAACGAGACUCAACUUCUACGGCAUUUCACAGUAUACUCACCAAAGUCAUUGUCAACGGUGAGGUGCAGCCGAAAGAUACAAUACAAAGAGAAUACAUUAUUACCAAAAUGACCAACCUGGAAGUACCAAAGCAUACUCUCAACCUCGAUCCUCGCCAGCAAAAGUCUCCCCUGCGGUCAGGCGCGACACCUUCCCCAAACCUACCAGAGGCAAAACACACCCACAUCCACCCUCGAGGCAGCGAUGGCAACGAGAACGCCCACCUCCGCUUCAUCGGCACCGCAACAACAGUCCUAGAAUGGCAAGGCAUCAGGAUCCUAACAGACCCCAACUUCCUCCACGCAGGUGACCACGUCCACCUCGGGCCCGGAGUCCAAGGAACCCGCCAGACCAACCCUGCCAUUGAUCUAGAGGACCUGCCGAACGUUGAUGUGGUACUCCUGAGCCACUACCAUGCCGACCACUUCGAUCAGAAAGUCGAAGCUGAGCUACGACGAGAUCUGCCCAUCGUCACGACACCGCACGCGAAAGAGUGCUUGCAGGACAAGAAGUCUGAUGACGAAAAGUUCACUGCAGUCCAUGAUCUUGACUUCUGGGAGUCCGCUACUAUGAACAUCUCAAGCUCUGGUGCCUCUGCGUCUGUGCCUGCGGUCAAAGUCACAGGCAUGCCCGGCAAACACGUCCCACCCGGUCCUCUCAGCGUAGCCAACGACCUCCUUUCCGCCGUCCCACCGACCAACGGUUGGAUGCUUGAGCUUGGCUACUCCACCGAUUCCGCCUUCAACUGUGGCUACAGGAUCUACAUCUCCGGCGAUACUCUGCUCGUCGACGACCUCAAGCAGAUCCCAGAGAAGUACACCAACGCCGACAAGCCCAUCGAUCUCAUGCUCGUGCAUUUGGGCGGCACCACGAUCCCGAGCCCGAAAGUUCCGCUGUUGAUGGUGACGAUGGAUGCACAGCAGGGCGUGAAGCUGAUGCAGUUGGUGAAGCCGGAUGUUACGGUGCCGAUCCAUUACGAUGACUAUGAUGUGUUUCUGAGCCCAUUGGAGGACUUUAAGAAGGCGGUUCAAGAGGCAGGGUUGGAGAGUGGGGUGGUGUAUUUGGAUAGGGGGGAGGGAUAUCGAUUUGGCGUCAAGGGGGAAUGA